AAUGUUUGUCAUUGAUUAUAUGUGACGAGAGAGACAGACGAGAUGUUUUUAUCGCGAUAAAGGAAUACAAUUAAUCCGUUUGGUAUGAACGAAAACCACUUAUGGAGCCUCUUAAAAGAGAGGCAAUCUACCUGCACUUGGCUACAUUGUAACAAAAAUUUAUAGAUUUGUUCUUGUAUAGUUAAAUAAUUGGACUUUCUCAGAUACCACAGUAAGUCGAGCAGUUUUUCAUAAUAUUCCCUUAAAAAUUAUCCUCCGGGCACCUCAGUGUGGUUCAAUACGGGAAAUGCCCCGAGGUCACUAUUACUGGUCAAUCGGCUUUAUGUCAGCGCGGUCGGAAAGAUGUGAUAACGCAGAGAUAACACGCCUGACCGUGUGAUUAUACACCCACGAGAUGAGACUUGUGCUGUCAAUAAUUAGUUUACAUAGUGCUUUGCUAUUCCGAAGUGUACAACCAACAAAACUACAAUCAAACCUAUUAAAUUCCAUGUGGAACAGUUCAAUAGACUGAAGUGUGUCGAACGAAUCGCAGACAUUUAAAUGGACAUAAUUAUAGCUGUUUAUCGCUAUAUAAACUGAAGACUGAUUGUAUUUAAUGUUUAUAAAAUAGUGCAUAAGAUAAAAUUCUCAUAACUUCAUUGUUAUAGUUAGUAGCGUUCACAUUUUACUCGGCAAAAUGGUAAAUAAAUUACGUACUCAAACAUUGGAGUCUAGCUACUCGUUGCGUGAACACACGAGGCGCUGAUGUAUAAAAAAAUAAAUUAAAAAAUAAAUAAAUUGGAAUUGUUUAUGGUGCUUUUUGAAUUUGGAACGCAAUGUACACAACUGUGCAGGCGGAGGGCCGGGUGAUGGGGCGCCGGUUUGUGCUAACACUGGUGAUCGGGAUUUCGGCUGGCUUUAGUUUUGCCUACAUUCUAUUAACAUCCGCCGGAUUCUCCAGAGACAUAGCUUGGUCGUCGUACAGGGAAUCAGCCAGAGAUCUGGAAAGGCAUCCAAUAGGCAGUGUAGUAGAGCAUGGCAGUGAGGAACCUGCGCACCGGGAUGAGGAUCGCACUGUCGCUGAUGAGCUGGCCAAGAAGGUCAGGGUUCUGUGCUGGGUGAUGACUCAGCCGAACAAUCACCAGAGGAAGGCGCGCCACGUGAAGGCAACGUGGGGGAAACGGUGUAAUAAGCUGCUGUUCAUGAGCACAGUUGAGGAUGCAUCCUUACCAACGGUAAAACUGCCAGUCCACGAAGGACGGGACUACUUAUGGGCAAAGACAAAGGCCGCUUUUCGGUACGUGUAUGAGCACCACAGAAGGGACGCUGAUUGGUUUAUGAAGGCGGAUGAUGAUACGUAUGUGGUCGUGGAAAAUUUACGUUAUAUGCUCUCCGAAUAUGACAGCGCAGAUCCGAUAUAUUUCGGUUGCAGAUUCAAGCCGUUUACAGCGCAGGGCUACAUGAGCGGCGGCGCGGGCUACGUGCUGAGCGCGGGCGCGCUGGAGCGCUUCGUGACGCGCGGCCUGCCCGCGCCGCACCUCUGCAAGCCCAGCGACCACGGCGCGGAGGACGCCGAGAUGGGUAUAUGCUUAGAGCAUAUAGGCGUGAAGGCUAUGGACAGCCGAGAUUCGUUGCAUCGAGGCAGAUUUUUCCCCUUCGGUCCCAAGGACCACCUGUUCCCCAACAAAGACAAGGGCUUCUGGUAUUGGAAGUACAUCUACUAUCCGUCUGAUGAGGGUCUAGACUGUUGUUCCGACCACGCAGUAUCGUUUCACUAUGUGGAGCCCGAGCAGAUGUAUGUCCUAGAUUACCUAAUAUACCACCUGAGGCCCUACGGGGUGAGGUAUGGGGCGACUGUUGGGGGCAAUGGGGGCAUCGAGGGCAACUCCACCGCCGCGUGAACAUUCCUCUACUAGUCAUAGGAUUAAGUGAUACGUAUAUGCAUUUAUGUGAAAAAAAGGAUAUGUUAUCAAUGUGUAGGUGGAGUUGUAAGGAAAUCUAGGUAGGAUCUAGAUGAAGACAAAGAUAAGAAAAAUGUUGUCACACAUUGAUUACAGUGUCUAAGCGUAGAAGUCAGAAUACCAAGGUGCGAUCUUGGUGGAUACAAAUAAAAGUUACAGAUACAAGUAAUAAGUUUUCGCUUAGCAGAAAAAUCUGACAUAUUAUAUUCUUUUAUUCGUGAGACAUAUGAUAACGCCUAUCUGUCUUCUAAAAGUGAUCUACGCUGUCAAUUUUACGUUCUGAAAUGGAUUCGAAUAAAAUUUUCUAAUCCUGCAGAAAUAUAUAGAUAUAAUAAGAGUAGAAAACGAUCUUUUUCUUAAAAUUACAACCCAAUUAUGGCAGCAUUGCAUAAUAUUUUAGAUAUUUUUAUAGUGAUAUUAUACGUGACUUUAUUUAUCUUGAAAAAAUGAAUCUUGCCGCUUUUUGUAUGUAAUCGAGCUAUAUUUAAAUCACUAUAAUUUUCUUUAUUUUGUGUUAGUAUUAGAUUAUAAAAUUAUUUGUCUGUAUUUAUGUCGUGGUCAACUAGCUUUAUUAGCCGGUGAAUGACAAGACUAGCCUCUUCAUUAUACGGCCACAUUCAAUUGUCGGUAUGAGUGAUAGUCAACCAGUCAACCAUUAAAUUAAACAGCUAGGCGAACGAUUCGGAUCUAUAACAUGCAACGACUUGGCUGCGACAUAUUAUAUUAUAAAGUCUGCCUCUUGGCAAUUUUUGUUUCCUAAUUAUUUUAUGAGGGUGAUUUUAGAAAUAAAUUAAUUAAAAGACAAAAUAAUACUCACUUCAUAAUAAAUGUUUAUUUCAAGAUAUUAAGAUGUUUCACAAGGUAAUUUGUUUACUAAAAUGAGAGUAUACAUUGAAAAUUGUGAUUGUAUAAAACAUUGCACGUAAUUAUACCAUUGAUUGAUUAAUUAGGUAUUAGAAAAUAAGGUAGUCUAGCCUAGGCUAAGACUAAAACCACUACCAAAGAAUAUAAACCUAUAAGAAAUUGUAGAUGUAGAUUAAGAAAUAUAAUUUAUAUAUUUAAGUAUUUAUAAUUUCAAUAAGAUCUGAAUUGAUUAUCCACAUGUAUAUUUUUUAGUGUUAAGAGAAAUUCCUAUUAAAUUAAAUUGUAGUUUUUUGGUACAUGCUUGCUUAUUCUGAUGGCACCGCGUAUAUGCCCGAGUCACUAGGAGAGUAGUUCUUAAAAAUAUUAGGCUUUGAUUUUUAAGAUUAAUAAAGGGUGAUUAUAUAAAGAGUUACCUAAUUAUUUUUCAAGUCAAUUAUAAUGUUUCGUGAUAAUUAUGUUCCAAUUAUGAUUAUUUUGUAUACAUUUGUAUUUAUUUAUGUGAAAACGUCGAAUUAUUUCCUAUUUGUUUGCUCAAUUUAUUUGAAUAAAUUAUGU